AGUUAACGUUAACGUUGGAUGGCCGGAAUAUGUAAUCAAGUAUGCCAUGCACCUGCCUUUAGUCCUGGAGACAAGGGUUAAUUGAUUCCCAGACCGAACGUGAAAAGGCCAAUUGCCCAAUAGUCUGAUGUUUGUCGUAAGAAGCUUGAAUUAUCAUUGCUCACGGCUCUCAUUGAGAUGGUGUUGCUCUACAUCCCCUUGGCUACGGUCUCUCAAUAACCAGUCCUGUGAUGCAGUGCACCCACAAUCAGUUAGUGCUUUGGUGGACAAGUGGACAAACUGGCUAAAAGAUGGAAAUGUACCAGAACCAAGGGAGUCUGUACAGCUCAUCAUAGCUAAUGUCCUGGGGCACAAAAUGAUACAUGAUGUGUCAGAAGAUCUUGUCCUUCAUGAGAAUCAGAUAACCAGGAUUGCUGACAUGUGUAGUAAGCGUUACAAAAGAAUGCCAGUGCAGUACAUCAUUGAGGAAUGGGACUUCCAUGAUCUUACUCUUAAGAUGAGACCUCCAGUGUUCAUCCCCAGACCAGAAACAGAGGAACUUGCCCAGCUUGCUUAUAAUGAUAUUAAAGAAAACCAGACCAUUUCCAAAUCUACAAGGAUACUUGAGUUAGGCAGUGGCAGUGGGGCGAUUUCUGUUUAUCUUCUUAAUAAACUACCUCAGACAGAAGUAGUCGCUGUAGACAGAAGCAGUGAGGCAUGUAGCUUGACUAAGGAGAAUGCUAAGUUUACAGGUGUACAGUCAAGACUGACCACUUUACUGAUGGACUACUCUCGACCAGAAUCUGGGCCGACUUUGAGGUCACAUGGACUGUUUGACCUUGUUAUUGCCAAUCCUCCAUACAUCUGCACUGAUGAGGUCAAAGAAAUGGAAACUGAAUUGACCCGAUAUGAGGACCCAUAUGCUUUUGAUGGUGGCAAGGAUGGCCUGGAUUAUGUGAGAAUCAUAAUGUCUAUGUCCACACAACUACUGAAACCUAACAGUUCUCUGUGGCUUGAGGUCGGACUAGGACACUGUGAUGCUAUCAGGUCAGAGGUCAGCAAACAGCCAAUACAUGGACUCCGAUUCUGUUCAGCAUAUGCAGACUUCACAAACAGAGAUCGAUUUUGUGUGCUGAGAACAUGACAACAACUACAACAAAAAUUUAAUCUUACAACAUUAAUAAGGAAUCAACUAUUGAAGUGUCUGCAUGAACUGACCACAAAGGUGUCCACCAUGUGUCCUUGUAUUAAAUAUGUACUUGCUGUAGGGUCAGGAAUUCCUGCCAAGUCCCUGUGGUAUUAAACAUAUAACAUUGAUAUGUAUCUGUGAUAAAUUUUCCAUUUGAGAAGGUAUUACCUGGGUAUCUUUUCAUUAUAUAUCUACUUUCACUUUGAAUGAAAAUUCUAGUUGAAGCUUCAGGUCAAUCUAUCAAGGUAAUUCUACAUCACAAAUAGGGAACAGUAUUACAUAAAACAACUGGUGCCUUAAAUCUGUAGUAACAGACAGGGUGGUCUAGUGAUAAGACACUGGGUUGCAGGUGAAAGGUCACUAUGACUCCGGGCACAGCCACUAAUUUGAACCUUUGGACAAGACAUUGACCUCUGCUUGUUCCAGGUAUCUCUGCUGUAAAUGGGUACAUGUAUGUGUUUAUGAAAUACAGAAAAUGUUGUGUACACUCUGUUCAAGUGGAAUGGCAAUUCUUCAUGUGUGUUUCCCAGGGAGCUGAAGAGGAUUAUAUCUUUUACCAAAAUACCAGAUAACCACUGAUAAUAAUUUGUGAACCACUACUGUGGCUUUGUUGGUGUUGGAAAGCUGUAUAAAAGAACCUCAAAUUAUCAUUAUCAGUACAAUGCAGUCAUAUAUGUCCUGUAACCUUGGAAGGACCUGAAUCAUUCAGGUACUGUAAAAUCCUAUGUUUUCAUGAGGCUGCAUUUUUGUGGAUUCUUAAAAAAUUACUAUUUGUGGACUCUUUGAUUUCAUGGGUAAUUACAGCUCAUUAAAUCUGCUGAAAUAACUUAAACGAUUUAUUGAUGAAUGAAGUUGUGGAAUGAGAGUACUUGCAAAAUAAAAAAAAAGUGAGUCACCCACAAAAAUUAAUGAUUUUAUAGGAAAUACCUUGUGGCUUUAUGAUUCUCAAGGAGUUGAUAUUGAUAAGAAGACAUUAAAAAGUUCUGUGUAA